AUGCGCAUUGCCGCUGCGUCAGUGGUGGGCAGAAGGUCACCGCCGGUGUCUGCAACGGCGACCGCCGCGGCGAAGCCGCCUGCUCCGAAAACCAUGUCGCCGCCCUCCGGGCAACCCGUUCCACCGAAUCCUGAUCCCCCUGCUCCAGUCGCGAACCGGCAUCCUCCUGCCGCGGUUGUUGCGUCGCCGGUCGCCGCCGUCCCUGCUGUCCCAGUAGUUGCCGCUGCCCCUGCUGCUCCGAGCGGCGACUUGGCGCUGGCGGCGGUGUCCGCCACCACUAGCGGCCUGGCCCCGGCGGUGGGGUCUAGUGAGGCUGUUCAAUCGACGCCUGUAGCGCCUCAGAUGGCUCUGUCCGGACAGCAGCGUCGUCCCCAGUCCCCCGAUCGCCACCUGUCUCGCCAGCACGGCGAGCCAGAGCAGCUCGCAGCGGGUGGCACCGUCGCCAACUGCUCCACAGCGCCACCCGCCAGCAAACACGUGCCAGCAGCAGUUGUUAGUGCGCUAAAAGGAGCUGCCAGCGCGCCACCAGCAGCUACCGGCGCACCAACAGCAGCGGCCACUGGGCGACCCGCACUGCUGCCUACAUCUCACAGCUCCCGCACUGCUCCCGUACUGUAG